CGAAUUCCGGGCGUUUUUACGUCAUUUUUACCUCCUCCGGUGGCGUUUACCCGACCCGAUCGAUCCACUGUUCCGGACGGAUCCCAGAGAUCAAGGUCCCUCCUUCAUCCGUCGCUCUCUUUGUUUGGCUCUCGCCUCCUCUUUCUUCUUCUUCUUCUUCUUCUUCUCCUCGGAGCCGGGCGGGGCUGCUUUGCCUUUCAUUACUACACUCAUUUGCUUUCUUUUGGCUCUCUCCGCCCGCUCCCCGGUGGUCGCAGGAUUCUUGGUUCGUUGGUUGGUUGCCUGGUUCCCUUCCUUCCUUCUCCCAAAUCCCAACCCAGAGAGAUAGUACGAGUACAUCAUCCCAAUCCAUCCCAUCCCCAACCCCUGACGCCAGCGGCAGUGGGCGCGCCAUAAAGGACGGGGCGAGGAGAAAAAGGGGCCGCGGCUGCUGCUGCGGAGUUUCCCGAGAUCCGAGAAGCGGCGGCGGCCGAGCGCGAGAUCCGGUCCUCCUCGCCUCGGCUUGCCGGAUUCGCCGCCGUGCGGGGUCGGUGCUGGCGGGCUCCGCCGAGGGGGCUCCGGUGGUGCGGUGAGAGCAGCGUGUGUGUGCCCAUGGCGCGGGAGGAGGAGGAGGGGGACGAGUUCUUCGACUCAAGGGAGGUCAUGUCGCCGGCGUCGGUCUUCUCCUCGCCGGGGAGCUCCGGGCGGCACGACGAGGGUGCCGACGACUGCGGCGGCGGGGACCUGCUCGAGGUCUGGGUCUCGGGGCCCUGCAGCAGCGUCCACGAGCGCCGCCAGCGGUUCAUCCGGUCCUUGGGGCUCCUGGAUCCCGGCGCCCGGCCUGACGAGAUGCCGUGCUCGAGGACAUCUGCCGCCGUCGACGACGAGGAGGGGAUCGUUCUCGGCAGCCCCGCCGCCGAGCUGGUCUCUGCUGCUGCUGUCGCUGGCUCCGCUGACAGGGACGAGGAGCCGGGUGUGCCGGCGGACGACCCCGCGGGGGAGGUGUUGGAGUGCGUCUUCAAGAACCUGGACGAUGGCACAGUGUUUGUCGUCGACGAGGUGGGUCAGGACGGGAGCUUCCGGAGCCUGAGGGAGAGGCGGUCCAACCGGACGGUUACCGCGGCGGAAUUCGAGAGGAUCUCUGGUUCGUCCCCGUUCAUACGUGAGCUGAUGCGGCGGGUGGAGGAUUCAGAUGAGUCCUCCAGCCCGGAGAAGUCUGCGGUGAGGGGGAAGAGGCGGAGGAGGAGGUUCGGAUGGCUGCGGAGGCUGGGCAUCGGUGCCUGCGUUGUUGACAUGGAGGACGACGAUGAGGCGAACUCGACGUCUUCCAGUUCUAGCCGGAGCUGCUCUGGGAAGUCUGGGAAGGUUGACAGGGUCAAGGUGAGGCCUUACAAGAAGCGGUCAAAGGAAUUGUCUGCGGUAUACAGGGGGCAAGAGAUCAAGGCACACAAAGGCGCAAUCGUGGCCAUGAAGUUUAGCUAUGACGGACAGUAUUUGGCCACCGGAGGUGAGGAUGGGGCGGUGAGGGUGUGGCGGGUGGUGGAAGGUGAGAGGCCUGAUGGACUCGACUUUGCCGAGGACGAUCCGUCGUGUGUUUUCUUCACAGUGAAUGAGAACUCUGAACUUGCUCCUGUCAACUCCAGUGAAGGAACUAAGAGCAAACAGAACAAGAGUUCAAAGGGGACUGCGGAUCCGGCCUGUGUUGUGAUCCCUCACAGAACCUUUGGGAUAUCUCAAGUGCCUGUCCAUGAAUUCUAUGGGCACGACGAUGUCAUCUUGGAUCUUUCAUGGUCGAAAAAUGGGGACUUGCUUUCUGCCUCUAUGGAUAAAACUGUCCGAUUGUGGCAGGUUGGGUGCAAUAGUUGUCUGAAGGUUUUUUCCCACAAUAACUAUGUGACCUGCGUUCAGUUUCAGCCUACUAGUGACAAUUAUUUUAUCAGUGGUUCUAUCGAUGGAAUGGUCCGUAUUUGGGAUGUUCGUAGAAGAUUAGUUGUAGAUUGGGCUAAUACCAAAGAGAUAGUAACUGCAGUUUGUUACCGGCCUGAUGGAAAGGGUGCAGUGGUUGGGACCAUAACAGGAAAUUGCCGCUACUAUGACACAUCAGAAAAUCAUCUAGAGCUGGAAUCUCAAGUCUCUCUGAAUGGCAGAAAGAAGUCUCCACUGAAAAGAAUAAUUGGUUUCCAGUACUGCCCAUCUGAUCCCAAAAAAUUGAUGGUAACAUCUGGUGACUCACAAGUUCGCAUUCUUGAUGGUGUUCAUGUAAUUUCCAACUACAAAGGAUUACGAAGUUCAAGCCAAGGUUCUGCAUCAUUUACCCCUGAUGGAGAUCACAUUAUCUCUGCUAGUGAUGACUCCAGUAUCUAUAUGUGGAAUUAUGCAAACCAAAUUAACCCAAUCACGAACCGUGUGAAGACUGUAUGGUCAUACGAGCGCUUUUUCUGCAACGAUGUCUCCAUUGCAACACCGUGGAAUGCCUUGCGAUCAAGGAAUUCUAUUUCUCUGGCCUGCAACAUCCCUUCUUCAAGGCAAGAGGUCCCGGACGAUUUCCACAACAUACAGGACAGCACAUCACGAUACCCUGCCGAAGAUUCCCUUGACAGUGAUAACCUGUAUCAUUUACCAUCUGGCAACUUCACUCUCAGCAAUGCAUUCUUUGCGGAGUCUGCUCCAAGGGGAUCAGCUACAUGGCCAGAGGAGCAGUUGCCAUCCAAUUCAGCAACAACGUCUACGUUGCGUAAAUCUCAGUACAAGUUCCUGAAGGCUUCUUGCCAGAACGCUGCUACUCAUGCCUGGGGCCAGGUCAUAGUCACUGGAAGUUGGGAUGGCCGCAUCAGGUCAUUCCAGAACUAUGGCUUGCCAGUGCAAGUUUGACAUGGCACAUGACAUGCAUCUUUUCACCAAUUGCUUCAUCAGUGGGUAUCCUGGGAAGUAGAAACGGCACCUCACAAAUCCAUGACAAGAAGCUUUGAUACCUUGAGAAGCCUGGUUGGCUCAAGUUGACGCUCCCCAAGAUACAUUAUUACAGUACCAAGUGUCACAUGGUUGGUUCUUGUGCUAACUUGCUCGUGGACCAUAAGUUGUAUGUAGCCCGGUGGUCCUCCAAGAUCUCGCCAGCGUCGACGCGAUGUAGCAGGGCCCAGGCAAGACGGAACGCCUCACAGAAUUAUGCAAUGCAUGUGGGGUCUGGGCACCUACACCUAGAUGUUGUUUCUUUCCUUUGUUUCGGCUCCUUUUGCGAGCCCGACGUAAAUAUAUAGAGAGGAUGAACAUAUAUGUCUUUUUUUGCCAAGUUGAACUUCCCUUGCCCCGAUCGGAUCUGAUGUUCGGCGACGACAGGGGGUGAGCGGGGAGGUAGACUAGAACUUACUGUUGGAUAGGAGGGAUUCAGUUUGGUGUGCACACUGGAUUCAUUUCAUUUGUUCAGCACUCGUAGCCUGCCCUCGUUUCAUCAUUCACUUCAUUCAUUCAUACA